AUGUCUUUCCAGAACUACGAAUUCCAGAACCAACAGGACGCCGGCGCUCCCACCGGUGCUCCAGCUCCAGCGGACACUAAUAUGACCGGUCAAGCUGACCCUUCCCCUGCGCCUUUCGCCAGCGGCACUCCUGGUGAACCUAAUGCUGCGCCAGUUCCUCAGCAGGGAGGUGAGGGCAAGACCACUCUUUGGAUGGGUGAACUUGAGCCUUGGAUUGAUGAGAACUUCAUUCGUAACUUGUGGUUCCAGAUGGGCGAACAGGUCAACGUUAAGAUGAUUCGCGACAAGUUUUCCGGCAGAAGCAACGCUGGUUACUGCUUUGUCGACUUCGCUUCCCCCGCUGCCGCUGCCAAGGCCCUCACCCUCAACGGUACCCCCAUGCCAAACACCACCCGCGCAUUCAAGCUCAACUGGGCUACUGGAGGUGGUCUCGCUGACCGCGGCCGUGAUGAGCGUGGACCUGAAUACUCGAUCUUCGUUGGCGACCUUGGCCCGGAAGUCAACGAAUACGUUCUCGUGUCUCUUUUCCAGAGCCGCUUCCCAUCUUGCAAGUCCGCUAAGAUCAUGACUGACCCCAUCAGCGGCAUGUCUCGUGGCUACGGCUUCGUUCGCUUCUCCGACGAAAACGACCAGCAGCGCGCAUUGAGUGAGAUGCAGGGUGUCUACUGUGGCAACCGUCCCAUGCGCAUCUCCACUGCCACGCCUAAGAACAAGGGUCCUGGUGUUGGUCCUGGCGGUGGUAUGGGUAUGCCUGGCCCUGCUGGUGGUAUCUAUCCACCCGCCAUGGGCGGUCCUCCUAUGGGUUUCUACGGUGCCCCCCAGCCCAUGAACCAGUUCACUGACCCUAACAACACCACCGUCUUUGUUGGAGGUCUUUCUGGCUACGUCACCGAGGACGAGCUUCGUUCCUUCUUCCAGGGAUUCGGCGAGAUUACCUACGUCAAGAUCCCUCCUGGAAAGGGCUGCGGUUUCGUCCAGUUCGUUCAGCGUCACGCUGCGGAGAUGGCCAUUAACCAGAUGCAGGGCUACCCCAUUGGUAACUCUCGCGUCCGCUUGAGCUGGGGUCGUUCUCAAAACAACUCGGGCCCUGCUGGAACCCCCUACCGCCCAGCUCCCCCCCCUCCCAUUUACCCUAACAUGGGCAUCCCCCCUGCUCACCAGUACGGCGGCAACUUUGCUCCCAUGAAGUAA